AUGUCGGACGCCAAUAAAACAGGCUGGAUUCAAAAUCUAAGCAAGCUACAAAUUAUUGGCGAGCUCGAAGUCAGGGGCAUUAAGAGGAAGGCGAGAGCCACAAAGAGCGAAGAGGAUAAUACCGGUGCAGCUAAUACUGGAGCCGAAGGGGAACCGUUCGAGUCGGGAGAGACGAACGAAGGCUCGGAUACGGGCAGCGGAAUGUCGGGAGACGGCGCGAAGCUACAGUUUGCGCUCGAACGCGACGACUGGGAGAUGUUUAUCGAACAGUUAGAGUUUUACAUCUUAGAAAAGGGUAUCCAGGAUGAUAAAAGGAAAGUGGCUACGCUAAUGACGCGGGUGGACCAAGAGGCGUUCAAACUGAUAAAGCAGCUAGUAGCGCCCGAAAGAGUAGCAGACAAGAAGUUCGAAGACGUAGUGAAAACGGUGACUGCGCAUUUUAAGCCAAAGCCGUCCGAAGCCAUGGAACGAUGCAAUUUCCACCGGGCUAGACAAGAAGCAAACGAAUCGAUAGCAGAGUAUGCAGCGAGACUGAAGAAAUUAUCGCUACACUGCAACUUCGACAACUUAAAAACCGCGCUGCGGGACCAGCUGGUGUGCGGCAUCAAAGACACGGAGAUUCGGGUAAAGUUGUUCGAGGACGAGAGCCUGGAUUAUGAUAAAGCACUAAAAACGGCAAUAGCGCACGAAUCAGCGGUGAAAAACGCCGCAGCAUCGUUAGGCACCUUAGAGAACAAGCAUCAGAAGGCAGACGUAUAUUCGAUUCGCCGCGAGCAGCAGUCGAAGGGGCAACGAGGCGGCAGAGGAAGAGGCCGUAAUUACAAGGAUGGAAGAUCUCUAAACAAACACGACACGGCAGAACGCGAGAAAGCAAGCAACAAAUUCCAACGUCGACCAUCAUCGAAGCAGGGGCUGGAGUGUUAUUGCUGCGGAAAGGCGAAUCACGUGAGCAGAGAGUGCCGGUUCCGGGACUACACGUGUAAUAAGUGCGGGAAAAGGGGCCAUCUAGCAAGAGCGUGCCGCACAACGGAGUCGGGAGCACGUCAGGGCAAAAGCGAUGUGAAUUGGUUUCCGAUGAGCAGAGGGGACAGCGAGAGAGACGAGGACCGGACAGCAUCACAUCAGGAGGAAUUCUUCAACGUAUCGUAUGAGGACGAGAAACAGCCCAAGUAG